AUGUAUUGGACUGCUAAGUUUCGAUAUGAUCCUGUUGCAUCGAUAAGGUCUGGAGAUCGUUUUUUUCAAUUGAGAGUUAAUUUACAUUUUACAAAUUUGGUUAGUGAUGAAAUGAAAAAAAAUAACAAACUAUGGAAAGUUCAACCACUCAUAGAUUUUGUAAGGAAAAGGUGCUUAUCUAUUAAGCGAUCAUCAAUUUAUUACUCAAUUGAUGAACAAAUGAUACCUUUUCUUGGACGUUGUCAGAUAAGACAGUUUGUGAAAAGUAAACCUAGGCCAGUUGGUCUUAAAAAUUUUGUAGUUACUACGUCCGAUGGUCUAAUUAUUGAUUUCGAAAUAUAUCAAGGACUUACCACGCCUUUUCCUGACAAAAGUCUAGGACUUGGACCGGCUGUAAUUUUACGUCUUAUUGAUACAAUACCAGAAGGUUCAUCUGUAUUUUUCGAUCGAUAUUUUACUACUAUUCCGUUGAUGCAAAAAUUAGUACAGCUAAAAAUUCAUGGAACUGGUACUAUACAAAUGAAUCGUCUACAGAAAUUUCAAUUUAAAGCAGAUUCUAAAAUGAAAAGAGGGGAUUUCGAAGAAAUUGUAUCUGAUGAUAAAAAUAUUUCUAUGUUGAAAUGGAAAGACAACAAGUCAGUAGUUACGACAUCAACAUGUUACGGAGGUUUACCGACAACAACAGUAUCCAGAUGCUAUAAAAAACAAAAAAAGCAUAUUGACGUACAAAUUCCUAAUAUGAUAUCAAAAUACAAUGAAAAAAUGGGCGGUGUUGAUCAUUUUGAUCAAAUGAUGGAAUAG